AUUACGAACUCGGGAAAGCGAAAGAAGGCGCACCAUUUAUAAAGAAAGGGGAAAGUAGCAAGAGUUUCCAUUAUGGCAGACAGCUACUAUGAGCAGCUGCAAAAAGACUCACAGUUCCUUGUAGCUGACCAACGGCUGGACACUGAGUUGGUGGAUAAGCUGGUCUUGCAGCUUAACAGAAUUUAUCCUCAAAUACUGAAUGACAAGGAGGCCCACAAAUUCCGGAACCUGAGUGUGCCCACCAGCAUCCGGUUUGCUGAGCUCCUGGCUCACCUUCAGGUGAAAGGGGAGGAGGCGUGUCAUGAGUUCUACAGAGCACUGCACAUCCAUGCCGAGGAUGUCUACUUCAGCUUGCCCACCCGUGUCAGCCGCAGGGAAACCACAGAUCCAACAGGGACUAACACAGCUGACGACCUCAGGGAGAGAUUUGUUCUUAAUGACAGGGGUCCCUGUUUCUUCCUGGGCUGUUUCAGCGUGGCAGUGGGGUUGGCGCUGCUCUACUACUGUGGUGAAGGGAAGUUUCUUGGAGAUGCCAGGAGAGUGUUGGGGUUCACAGCCCUGGGGGUGGGCAGGCGAGCCAAAGAGGUUCUGAUAUCUUACACGGACGAUGGGAACGGGAAGCUGUAAGGCCUCACAGCCACCAUAGUGACUGUCACACCCAGCUUCAGAGAUACAAGUGAAACACAAGUUUGCCAUACCAAGCAAAGGGCUG